UGUGGGCAGCUUGGAGUGGAUUCAUGCCUCAUGAGCCAUACCAAAUGAGAAAGCAUGCCAGUUGAUAUCAGACUGCACACUGUUAUCUCUUGCCAAUUAAUUGGAAGAUGGGGUUUUGUUCAAGCAGAUGGUCAAGAUGGUCAAAGGUGGGCCAUCCAACCCUGUAUUCAUGUCAAAAAUCUCAGUCUGGCCAGCUCAGAGAAAUCUUGAAGAAUUCAAAACACUUUCUCCAUUGAUUAUAUGGGCCACAUGAGAUACCAGACAGCAUACUUGCAAAUACUUGAAGUGCUGCACUUGUUCUUGUGAGAGAUACAGCAGUAUGGUGACUGCGGUCAUCAUUGUC